AUGGUGACUAGUUUGAACUGUUCUUCAGAGGAGUUUGAAUCAAAUUCCACAGAUCUAUGUUGCAGUAAAUGUGACCCAGGAUUUGGAUUAAUUAAUCAUUGUACAUUAGAAAACGCAACCCAAUGCGUACCUUGUGUUCAUGGCAAAACGUUUUCGUCACCAUCUGCGCAUGCGCAGACAUGUGUUCCUUGCACUUCCUGUCAAAUGAACGAACAUGUGGUGACGGAGUGUAAUCGAACUCACGACACAAUUUGUGAAUGUAAUAUAGACUUUUAUUAUGACGAGAGUAAGAAAGGAUGUGAGAUAUGUGAUUCGUGUAAAAAGGGAUUCGGAGCAUUGCGACCUUGUACUGGAACCCAUAAUUCUGUGUGUAUGCGAUGCGGAAAUCGAACAUUUUCGGAUAAAACCAGUGCAAUAUCUAUAUGUAAACCAUGUUCAAAAUGUGUCGGCAAACAGGUGGAAACACAAGCUUGUACUCCAGAACAGGAUACAGAAUGUACAGAUGUUGUAUUUGAUUUAUAUACGACAAGACCACAAUCAAAUCGACGAGGCCACGAAUAUCCAACCAAAACAGAACAAGAAUCAUUUGACGUCAUUCCGGUUUAUUGCACAAUACUUGCCUCCGUAAUUGUGGGACUUCUGUUCUAUGUUAUGUAUAAACACUACUCACGCAUUCGAGACAAGAAACGACACAAAGGUCAUGACCUUCACGAUGACGUAGAAUAUUCUAAGACUUCCGGUGCAGACAGUGGGGUGUUUGAGGACACUGACCAUCACGGAUAUAGACCGUGCAAGGAAAUAGGUCAUCACUGCAAAUACAAUCAACUCACAAGAAUACGGGAUUUACCACAGUCAAAGAAAAAAGAAAUAGAAAAACACUUAUCAGUCAAACGGGCUGGAGCCGAGCGUUUGGUUGAUGAUUGGACAAUUUUAGCUCGUGAAUUAGGUUACACCAAUAAGAAGAUGGACAAAAUGGCCAGUAAAAAUAAAGACACUUUGUCCAUCGUGCAAUAUCUACUAAAUGAUUGGUCCAAGAGUCGGACAGCCACUGUGGGCGUGUUUAUAAAGGCACUUAUUGACAUCGGCAGACCGGAUGUUGUCAAACUAUUACAGAACGACGGGAAAUCGGAACCUCUUGUCCAGAUGGUGUGA